AUGCAGCAUCCCGUUGUUAUUGUCGGCCUGUAUGCUGCCCACGUCCUUCAGAAGGAGCACAACAUUCCCGUGGAGCUCGUGGAGGCUGCCGACUACGUCGGAGGCCGUGUAAAGCAGGACUGGAAGUUCAGCGGCAACGGCAGGCCCAUCGAAAUCGGCGGCGAGCUGGUGCACGGAGAGAACAACAUGCUGGGCAAGAUGGUGCGUGAGCUCGGCCUUGACACCGCCGACGUCUUCAGCGUCUUCCAGGUGAACACCUCGCGCCCCGAGUACGAGUACUUCUACCUGGGUCGGGAACGCAAGCUGUUCGGCCUGCACAGUGAUGACGCUGACCUCCAGCACCUCUACAAGCUCAUCGGAGAGCUCGAGGAGAAUCCCCCCAAGGGCGACGUCUCGUUCAUGCAGUGGUUGGUCGAUCACGGACUGCCCUACCGCAUGCUCGGCGUUGCCGACGCCCUCUAUGCCAAGACGUGGGGCACCACUGUGGACAAGCUCAGCGCCGUGCAGUUUGCCGUUGAGCAGGCCGCCGCCAAUGAGGAAGAGGGAGAGGGCAAUCUGCAGGUGAAGCAGUCGUACGCUCCCGUGAUCCAGCGCUUGCAGAAGGACCUGAAGAUCCACCUCAAUUGGCCCGUGAAGAAGAUCGAUUACACCAACCCCGACGCCAUCAAGGUGACCAACGCCCGCGGAGAGACUGUGCUGGCGAGCCAAGUGAUCAUCACCGUCUCGCUCAAGGUGCUCCAGGAAGGCGACAUUCAGUUCGUCCCCUCGCUCCCCCAGGACAAGCUGCGUGGCAUCGCCGGAUUGCGCAUGGAUGCCGGAAUGAAGAUCUUUGCCAAGUUCAAUAAGAUCUUCUGGCAGGAGAAGCACCACCUCGUGAUCUGCGCUGACACUUUCGUUCCUCAGUUCUGGACGUACGGCAAGGACGUUCCCAUCGUGACCGGCUUUGUCACGGGUGACCAGGCCGCAGCGGCCUCCGCCCUUCCGCCCAGGCAAGCUGCCGACUCGUUCAUUAAACAGCUCGAUGCCGUGUACGGAACAGAGAGCAACCCGCGCCCGGCCACUGACGCCUUUGUGGAUUUCAUGAUCCAGGACUGGACCAAGCAGCCCUACGUGCGAGGUUCGUACUCGGCUCCCUCUGUGGGAGGCAACGGAUGCCGGGAGGCUUUGGCCAAGCCCAUCGGCCGCAGUAUCUUCUUUGGCGGCGAGGCCACCAGCCUCAGCGCCGCGGCCACGAUCCACGGCGCGAUGGCAACUGGCCAACGCGCUGCAGAGGACCUCCUGAAGGCCCGACAGCAGAAGGUCGCCAAGUUGUAA